AUGUUCAAUCAAGGUGGUGCUGGUAGUGUUGGAAAGCAAGAUGUUGUGAUCAAAUCAUCGUCUUUGUCAUUGUCCACAUCAAGUGAUCAAGUCAACUUGGAACUUAGGAUUAUACCAAAUAUCUAUCAUAUUCCAGGUAUCAACAUCUAUAACCUCAAGGACAAACAACCAUCAUACUCCUCGAACCAUGAUAUCAAGUUGUCUCACUUGUUACAGAACACUGAGUUAUCUUACAACAUCAAUAAGUUCUUCUAUAUUGAGUUGCACCUGGAUGGAAAUCAAUCAAAGAAGUAUCGUAUUUAUACUCAAUUUGGUAGGACCGAUAAGAUUAGUCUGUCCCAAUCAGCCGUACAAUUCAGAUACUUUGAAGAGUUGUCCGAAGCCAUGGAAGUAUAUUCAUCAAUAUAUAAUACCAAGACUUCUGAGGAGAAUGGAUAUAAGGAGGUGGAUAUUAUUUUGUCCAACUCUAUUGGUUCACCAAGGAAGUUGGAGUUGUGUAAACGUGUUAAUCAAGUCACAAGUCAUAUGGAUGAGGAUGUUGAAAGGAAUACUCAACGAACAUAUGUCUCGAAAGAGGUCGCUCAACUGGUUGGCAGACUGUUCAACUUCACUACACGAUCACUCAAGAGUAGUCUAAGUACUGUGAACAUCACUGAGAAUGGUCUGGAGACACCCUUGGGUGUAUUGUCAUCACGCCAACUCGAAGAAUCAAUGUCAACCCUCAAGUCAAUUGGUCAGAGGAUAGUCACGUUGAGUACUCAGAUCAAUAAUCAAUCUGUGUCUACCACGGACAAAACAUUGUUGGACCUUUGCUCGGCUUAUUACUCAAAGGUCCCCACAAGCAUUGGUGUCAAGGCCAAGGACAAGGCAAAUGCAGUGAUCUCAUCACUCAACUCAUACAUGGAGCAAGAGGAGUUGCAUCAACUCAUGCUUGAUCUAUCACAGGUCAGUGAGAAGAACAGUGGCCAAUUGGUGUCCAGCUCGUUGGACGACAUGAGGUAUCAGGCACUGCACUGCCACAUCGUCUACCUGCAGCCCUACACACCCGAAUACAACAUCGUAGAGAGAUUGAUCCACAACAACUCAUACAAUCAAGACAAUGUUCACAUCAGGAAUGUGUACAGGCUAAUCAAGGAGGACGAAGAGAAUGCAUUCAACGAGACCAUUGGCAAUGAGCAGUUGAUGUUCCAUGGAACAAAGUGUCACAGUCUGUUGGGUGUGCUUAGACGUGGACUGCAACUGCCAGACACGGUGGUCAAGAGGAACUGGGCAUUCAGGACUGAUCAAGGCUUCAUGGGCGCAGGCCUAUACUUUGCCAAGCAUAUCGAGGGUUCGCUCUGGUACACCAGCGCAUCAUCAGAGGACAGUCGGUUUGUGAUCAUUGCUCGUGUGGCACUGGGCAAUGAACAUUCACUUCAUUCCAAAGACAUCAACAUGACUCAGCCCCCUCAAGGCUUCAACAGUUGUCACGGUGUCCAGACGACCUCUUCCAAGCCCACUCCAUUCAAGCACGACGAGUAUGUCGUCUACGAUCGAACCCAACUCAAGAUCAGCUACGUCGUCGAGUUCAACUUAUCCAAAGCAUACAGACUCUAA